AGUCUGGAGGACCUUCCCGGCGCGUUCCCAGAAGAUAUGGCUGGGUUGAGCCUCACUAAACUUGCCAAGAAGGCGAACGCGGAAAGGAUGGCCGCGCAGCGAAGGGCGGAGGAGAUUCGGGCUGCCGAAUCUCAGUCCCAGUCCUCCUUACCUGUUAUUGAGGGGACUGCAAAGAACGGAAGUACCGAGGUGGAACCUUUUGUGCAGGCAAGUGUAGAAGUUGAGCAAAGGGUGGAGAAGCGCCCUGCCGAUGUCGAGGCUGGCUCAAAAGAAGACCAUGUCGACAAACGACCUCGUUUGAAGGAGUCGGAUGUGAUUGUACCUUUUGUUAUUCAGCCCAAGAUAAAAAAUACGCCGAUCUCCUCCGAUGCUUCGGUAAUCAAAGAUCCAGCGGUUGCACUCAACUUGGCGACGUCCGUUUCACUGCCUGUUGACAAGGCGGCUUUUCGGGCAGAGCUUGAUCUGGUUGCAAUUGGGUUGGCUGCACAAUUGGCUCGGCCGCGCAAUUGGCUCUUUUGGCCGUCGGAAGGAUAGCCGACGUGGGCCGUCGCUAUCACGAUGCCGUCGAGUUAAUUGACUGUUUACAAGCGGAGGUUGAGGGCCAAAGGAGUAGGGCGCAGACGGAGGGCGCCUGUGCUGAGGCCGAGAUGGAGAGAGCCC